GAAGAUUGGGAGGGAAAUAUCACUGACAUAACCAUAGAAAAGAAAUUUAAACUGACUUUUCGUUAUAACGCUAUAGCGUCGUCCCCACAGUUUGUUGCAAACAGUUUUUUUAUUGUGAUUCACAAAGAAAAAAAAUUGAAAACAGUACCAAUUUCGAAGGAAAUAAGCGAAUUUGAAAUCGAAUCUUGCAAACGUAGCUAGAAGACGUUUGAGACGGAGAUCUCAUUAAAUUUGGAUUAUUGAUGGAAGAGGAAAAAUAAAAAGAAAAGUAUGUGUGCCAAAGUGAGUAGUAAAAAAAGCGUUAGCACCCCUAAUAGACCAGCAGUAGCCGUAGGUAGCCGAACUCCACACAGAAAUACUCGGCAAACACCAUCGAAAACACAGGCAAAAGGAAAAGCAGCAAGACAACAAAAGAAUCGUUCAACCCGAAACUCUGACAAUGGAUCCGACAACUCCGACAAUGAGUCCAACAACGAGUCCAAUCACGAAUCUGACAACGCUGACAAUCAAUCCGACAACGAUGCGAACCGUGCAAACAGUUCGCAUUCUUCUGACGAUUCCCUAGAUUUUCUUGGAAGACCACCAUCGCAUGAUCCGAGCGAGUCAAAUGUUGAUGAAACCAAUGGAAGCGCCAACGGAAGCGCCAACGGAAGCGCCAAUGAACAAUCGAACAGACCUCCAGUUCAUCGACCGAGCACAAAUCAACGUCGGCCGAGGAAGCAAACCAAACCGAAGCGCAAAGAUCGUGUCACAAAGGAAAUGAUGAGACUACAAGCCAGCACAAAGUUGCUGAUUCCAAGACUACCAUUCCAACGUUUGGUGCGUGAAGUUCUGCAGGAUUACAAAAACGAUUUUCGUAUGCAAUCAAGUACAUUGGAAUGUUUACAGGAAGCGGCCGAAAGUUAUUUGGUGCAACUAUUCGAAGACUGCUAUUUGUGCUGCUUGCAUCGUUCUCGCGUCACAUUGACAGAAAAAGAUGUCCGACUUGUUCAGCUUUUACGCGGCUCGACCGAUGUAGGUCGGCGAUAAGAUUUAUUUCAUCGAUUGUUGCAUUCUAACCAUAAAAUAAUUUCAUUUAUGCUAAAAUAAUUUGUUCGUAAAAAAGUGUAAGAUUUUGUUUUCACACAUUCCUUUGCCAGUAUUUCACGACAUUGGUUUUAUAUCAUUGAAUGCCGUCACUGAACAAGUAUUUUCACAAAACAAACAAAAUUUCUGCAUUUUAUUUAAUGUUAAAAAGAGGAACAACGCGAUUGUUUUUUGUUUAAAAAGUGUGUUUUUUUGUGAAAAAUAAACAAAUUGCAUGUUCAAGUUUGCAUAAGUUACAAUGACAUUUCAGUUUGCAUGUUAUACUCGAAUAAUGAUAAUGAUGAAAACAAUAAAAGAACGAAAACGAACACCAUCACAUA